AUGUACUUAUAUUGCCCUCCAGUUGACGGUGGAUGGUGCACGUACAGCGAUUGGAGUGAUUGCUCAGUGACUUGUGAAAACGGCACCCAGACACGCUCUAGGGAGUGCCAAUGUCCUGAACCCGCUCACGGUGGCGCCACCUGUGUGGGUGCGACAACCGAGACACAGUCUUGUAGUGGCCCCUGUUGCCCAGUGGAUGGUUAUCUGAGCGAUUGGUUACCGUGGUCUUCUUGUUCUGCUACCUGUGGACUGCCAGGAACAGUGACUCGGUCACGUACCAAGGAGUGUAUAUAUCCCGACCCAGAUUGUCCUGGUGAUGACUGUGGCCAACUUCCGGAAGAAUAUGAAAACUGCACCCAAAAGCCGUGUUGUACAACAAGUGGUGGAUCACCGGGUUCAUUCCAACACGACAGAGGAAAUAGGCUUCAUAAUAUUAGCGUGAAUUUCCAGGGAGCUAACACAAAUGACAAGUAUGUCACCUUUAGAUGUGGGAUUGUGCUGAUUGAAAGUAUCCAAAACUAUGAUGAGACCUAUGUUGCUGCAGUGCAGGCUGCCGUGACCGACGUAUGUACCGACCAAUCACGUCCGGUUUGUCACGUGACAAUCCCUGCCCCUUCCGGCUGCCCCUGCCAAGUAAUGAUAAACUACAUGUGUUGCGAUGAAUUGUAUUAAAUGAGAAACGCCAGGACUUCAAAAAUGCUGGAU